CUUCCAGCAAGCUGAAGGGAGCAGGAGAUUAUCAAAACAUACUCACAACCUCAUGUUCAGAUCAUAGUGAGUGCUUUGUGUGUUUUAUUGGUUUCUUUGGGGCACACCUAAGUGACGCAUUAAUACUUGAGCAAGCGAUGGCUGGACCAAGGCCUGUGGUCAUGAGUGGACCCUCUGGGGCUGGGAAAAGCACUCUGCUCAAGAAACUGCUUAAAGAGUUUGAUGGUAUAUUUGGCUUCAGUGUAUCCCAUACAACACGAAGCCCCCGUCCAGGAGAGGAGAAUGGUAAAGAUUAUCAUUACGUGACCAAGGAAGUUAUGCAUGCAAGCAUAGCAAAUGGGGAAUUUAUCGAAAAUGCGGAAUUUUCUGGGAAUAUGUAUGGAACGAGUAAAGCAGCUGUACAGGCUGUUCAAGCCAAGAAUUUGAUUUGUAUUUUGGACAUUGACAUGCAGGGCGUGAAGAACAUUAAGAGAACAGAUCUCAACCCGAUCUAUGUGUCCAUCCAGCCUCCAUCAAUGGACAUCCUGGAAAAACGAUUAAGGGACAGAAAAACAGAGUCCGAGGAGAGUCUACAAAAACGUUUACAUGCAGCAAAGGUUGACAUGGAAAUAAGCAAAGAGCCGGGUUUAUUCCACGUGGUCAUCAUUAAUGAUGAUGUUAACGUGGCAUAUGGCAAAUUAAAAGAUGCUCUUCUUGAGGAAAUCCAGAAGGUCCAAGACAACAAUAAGGCCUAGAUGAGAACCCACCUGCUAACCGCAGCAACCUCUUCAUUCACUUCCAUCAUAAUCGAUGUUUGGAGAUCAGCACAUUCCACCCAGGGAAGAUUUGAUGAAAUCCAACAGCAGCAGAAUGAAAAACCCAUUCACUUAUUUAAAGGUGCAGGCUAAUGUUGUUUAUUCCAUGUUGAGUAGAUGCUGAAAUUACCAUUAACGAGAUGACAAAGUGUGCUACUUGAAUUCCUUGGCGAGAGAUUUAAAACACUCAAGUCUUUGUCUUUGAAACAGGUUUGUGUUUUGAUAGACAUUUUUUAUUGAAGGACGGGAUAAUGCACAAAUGAAGUUGCAGACUUCUCAUUUAUUUUGUUAAUUUUCCAUGCUGACAAUGCUUAAGAUAACUCUAGAUUCUGUCGUAGUUACUGCUGGAUAUACAUGGAUAAGUAGUUUUCCAUUUACAAAGUUAAUUGCUAACAUCUGCACAUAUGGAAGGUGUGUUACAUUGUCAAGUUACAAGUCAAGCAAGGGUAUUGUUUUCCAACAUAUAACUCAUUCUUAAUUAAUGUUAGAGGUUGCGUCCAUGUUAACCAUGUUUUAAAUGCAUAUUACAUGUUGUUUAUGUUAAAGUGAAUUAUUGUCCAUAAUUAUAUGUACCUUGUUUACCAGCUCUGAGAGUUUUAUAAAGGGUUAAUGGCUAUUGCAGGAAUUGUUUUUUGUACAGGGCAGCUUAUAAACACAGCCACAAGUCGUGUAGAACCAAAGUAAGUUUUAAGAAAACAUUGUUGAGAUGUGUGACGUAAUGUACAUAUGGAAAGCUUUUAGUCUCAUAUGGUCGAUGCUGGUAUGUUUGCUGUGCUUUCGUAGAUUUUCAGAUGCUUCAAGUCUUUCUAAUGAGUCUAAUGUCUGAAUUAAAUGUCUGACUUAAAAUAGUUUGGAAACCAAUAUAUGGCAAAAUGCCCAUAUAUGGCAAACACCUGAGCUGGAACCAUUUACAGCCCAUGUAAUUGAAGUUAUUAGUAUAAUAGAUUGACUUUCAAAAUAGUCAAUCUAUUGUAACUAUUCUAACUAGCACAUACACUGUGGCUGAAGUUGAGCAAAAGUGAGGGCACCAUCUCAAAGUUUUAAGUUUCUCUCAAACCUUGAAGUACUGUAUACAUUACCCAUCAAUUGCAUUCGAGUGCAGGCAGCAUAAUCAUUUUAUAUGUUUUUGGCAUACAUUUUAAUGUAUGGACAAUGAAUCUAGGGAAACGUUAUCAAAAUGGAACACAGGUUUUCAUAAAACAGCUCAAUUAAAAAUGUUUUUUAAGUAAAACAAAGAAAACGAAUUACUUUAAGCCAGCUGUUUUUGAAUUCCAGAAUGAUCUGUGAAUGAUGGGCCAUGUCAUUCCUUUGUGCAUCUUGAUACAAUUCCUUAAGUUGUGCUAGAGAGAAACCUGUCAAACGUUUUUGUGGUGUCUGUUUGAAAAUCAGUUUGAGAAAUGUAUUUAUAAACCAAAUAUAUUAUUGCUGUUUUACAUUUUUAUUCUAGAACUAUUAACAUGUACCGUGCAAGUGUAAUAAAACUACACCAUU